AUGUUAACGUGAAAACAAGGACAGGCGAUAUUAGUUUGGCACGGUUAGGAUUGCAAAAUCGUUUUGUUAAAUUCACCUCACGUUUGUUUGAUGAAACGAACAAUGAACAAUCAUGUGUUGGUGUCACCUCUAGUAUAACAACCGUAAGGAGAAAAUUAUAGAUUUUACUUGUGAUAACUAUGUGCAGAUGGCUAUUCCGCAGUACUGGUAGGACUGAGACGUUGAUGCAGACAUUUUUUAUUCAAACACUAGUAGCCUGAAAUGGGACUCAAAUAAGAGACUAACUCUAAACUAACUGCAGCAUAAGGUACGAGUCUUAACGAUAAAUCGUUUUUCUAUAUCAUGUUUAAUUCAAAACCAAUUUAUUUACAAUUACAGUUAUCUAAUCGAGGCAGUAGAUUCUCAAUAUAUCGUUUCUGAUUUAUCCAUUUAGAAACAGUAAACAAUCGUAACUGGAUCUGUAUCAAAAUACAAAGUUUCAUGAUGGCAGCAGAUUAUCAAAACGGUGUUCCUAAAGGGGUGUCAGCGACGAAUCAGAACGUGAAAAUUGAGGAUCAUGGAUUUGAACAUCAAAAAAGUAGAAAGGGGUCUGUCAUAUCUCAACCACCGGUCAUGAAAAAAAUAAGUACUGUGAUAGACAGAUCUCACAGAAGUGCCACAUCAUCAGCUUGUUCUUCACCCACACAUUUAGAAAACGAAGCAGAUAGAUCUUGGUGGUAUACGUUCUGUUUACGAUGUCAAUCAAACGAAAGUGAAGGAAAACCAUCGUGGCACCCAAAAUGGUGGACAAAGCUCUGUCCACAGCCAUAUUUUCCUACAUAUCGGCAGUUCUCUCGAAUAAUCUCUUUGAUACUUAUCGGCCUAUUUUCUUGGUGUGUCCUAUAUGCGAUAAUAGGGGAGUCAGCAGGUCCUAGCGGAAUGUUGUUCCAGCUCAUCAUACUCAGUAUUUGUGCACACAUUGGAGGCUGGCUAAUGAGUUUGACCACUCUACCUGGCCUUGUUGGUAUGCUGUUCACUGGGAUCAUAUUGCAAAAUGUAGGCAUUGUGGAUCUAGAUGAGAGCUUCAGCGAAAUUAGUCAGUGCUUUAGUGAUGUAGCGCUCGUAAUCAUCCUGAUAAGAGCUGGGCUAGAACUGGAUCCAAAUGCCUUACCCCGUUUAAAGUUUGCAGUGUUGAAGCUAGCCAUACUACCGUGGAUUACUGAAGCUGCUGUUGUUACUGUUACUUCAGCAUACAUAUUGGAUCUUCCCUGGAAGUUUGCAGUCCUUCUGGGCAGUAUCAUAGCAGCAGUAGCACCAGCAGUAGUAGUUCCAUGUCUGUUCAGACUCCGAUCCAAAGGAUACGGAGUGUCAAAAGGUAUUCCAACUCUCAUAAUUGCCGUAGCAAGUGUAGAUGACGCAGCUUCAGUUGCUAUGUUCGGAGUUUUGAAGAGCAUCGUAUUUUCUGACUCAUCACUGGUCAGUAUCAUUCUGCAGGGACCUCUUUCUAUCGUAGGAGGUAUCGCUUUUGGUGCUGCAUGGGGCUACAUUUGCUCCAUAGCUCCCGAACGAAACGAUCCCUUUGCAACUCCAUUACGCGUUUUGCUGCUCCUAGCAGGGGGCAUGGGCGCGGUGUUUGGAGGAGGUCUAGUAGGAUAUGGAGGUGCAGGCCCAUUGGCGUGUGUCGCAGCAGGUUUUGUGGCCAUAUACAUGUGGUCAAAGAUUGGUUGGGAUGUUGCGGAUAAUCCAGCAGCAACGGCAUUCGAGAUAUUCUGGAUGAUAUUUCAACCUAUAUUGUUUGGUAUCACCGGUGCAAGAGUGAAGGUAAAUGAUCUCAAACCAGAACUUCUAGGUUUGUGUCUUGGUGUUCUAAUAACUGGUAUAGUGAUUAGAAUGGUCAUCACCAUUUGCCUUGGCAUAGGCUGCAAAUUGAACAAUAAGGAAAAAGUAUUCGUCUCAAUAGCUUGGAUGUGUAAAGCUAUAGUACAGGCAGCACUAGGUCCAGUAGCUCUCUCUCUAGUACCCCAAGAUACCAAAGAUCAUGAAGCAGCAGAGAAAAUCUUGAUGACCUGCAUCCUUUCUAUUAUACUAACUGCACCAACCGGGGCUCUUCUGCUUACGGUACUAGGCCCUCAUUUACUGACGAAAGCAAAGAUGCCAACUUUAACCGAAGUUAGAAUGAGAAAAAAGAGUAGGAGGUUGUCUAUCAGAGACAUCACUAUUCCUGAUUUGAGUAUGCGACAGGAAGACAUAGAGGAGCAAAGAAUGUCAAUUGUACCAGAAGAAGGUCAAGAAAGUCAUAUGUAGAUUGAUUUAACGUGAGCGUCUCUAAUUAUUUCUACUGUACACUGGUCGGUUGAGCCUCAUUUCGCUGAACUGUUGUAUAGAUCCACUCCAAUGCAAUGUUUCAUUGAUACGUACUUAUCAAGUGAUACUUCCACAUUUAACGUGUAUCGUACAAUUUGCUAGCUACUAAAUUACGUCAUGUCCGCUGUACCACUUGCACGCGCGUGCAUAAAUUAUCAAACUUAACUCCUAAAUUAAGAAGGUAGUAUCAAUUUCACUGUUAACAAUUAGGCUUCUGUGAAUGAAUGUCAUAGUCCUUUGUUAAUAUUUUAAUUUCGUCCUGUUUAGAGAGUUAGCAAUCUAGUACCGUAUCAUUUUUGUUAAUAUUAUCAAAAUGAAAAAGUAUGGGGUUAAUGUUUUAUAUACAAUAUCUUCCUUAGCUGUUCCUACAGAUCAUUGUUUGUCUAAAAUUUUCACUAAUCUUAACUUAACCUAGGAAAUGUUUUUCUCCAGAUUAUUAAUCUUCUGCUAGUUAUCCGAAAAGACUUUUCCCUUGAGGGAUCCCCACAAAAAGUGUCAAUCAGACGACCAUUACGAAAACGUGUCUAUGACAAAACCAAAGUUUCCCUCUCCAUAUGACACAUGACCAACUUGAAAAAUGUAUUGGUGAGAUGCAUAUUCUUCAUUUGGAAGAAAAGGGUUACAUCUCAAAAUUUUUAUUUUCCGUUUUAUUGCGUUGAUAAUUGAGAAAAUGUGUUUACAAUUAUGUGGAAAAUGGUUACAUCUGUAGUUGUAGCCAUUUGCCCAGAGAUGGCAGAUGUAACCAUUAUCCACAUACAUGUAAACACAUUUUCUGAAUUACUAUCGCAAUAAAAUGGAAUAUGGAAAAUUUCCGAAAUUUAACAAUCUUCUUCAAAAUGAUCGAUAUAUAUAUAUACGUAAACAACAAUUAGCAACAUCCUCACAUACUACUGUAAGUUGAGUUAAUUUAAAUUCAUUUUACACUUUUGUUGCUACUGUUAUCAUUGUAAUUGCCGCUCCUGAUGAUGAUGGCAAAGUCCAUUGAAAGCUAGAGAGAACUAAAAAAAGUAUAAAGAGUCCUCUUUGCUUAAAUUUUGUCGAAGUACCCAACAAAAGGCGGAAGCUUUAAUUUUUCAGCUAUAUAUAUAUAUAUAUAGGUGAAAAAUUU